AUGGAUACCUCGCCGGAAUUUGCGCAGCAAAUGGACUGCGUGAUCCUCGCGUACCAAAGCAAUGCCUCGGUGGAUAUACUGAACUCGGUCGUAAGCCAGAAUAUGUGGUUCUUCAAUUUUGGAAGGAAGAGCUUCAAUCUCAGAUACAUCAGCUUCAUCAAACUCUCAUACACGCAACAGCACAACUUCACGACCUCGGGAAUGGGGAAAGAGAAAACGCUUGGUGACAAGAAAGCGACCAAAAGUAGCCGCAAUGCCUUCGAAGCGAGCGGGUCGAGCACCCUGGAAACAAUCGUUUGA